GAGGCAGCAGCAGCGGCAGCGGUAGCGGCGGUGGCGGCUGCUCGGCCAGUACUCCCGGUCCCCGCCAUUUCGGACUGGGAGCGAGCGCGGCGCAGGCACUGAAGGCGGCGGUGGGGGCCAGAGGCACGGCGGCUCCCAGGUGCGGGAGAGAGGCCUGCUGAAAAUGACUGAAUAUAAACUUGUGGUAGUUGGAGCUGGUGGCGUAGGCAAGAGUGCCUUGACGAUACAGCUAAUUCAGAAUCACUUUGUGGAUGAAUACGACCCUACAAUAGAGGAUUCCUACAGGAAACAAGUAGUAAUUGAUGGAGAAACCUGUCUCUUGGAUAUUCUCGACACAGCAGGUCAAGAGGAAUACAGUGCAAUGAGGGACCAGUACAUGAGGACUGGGGAGGGCUUUCUUUGUGUAUUUGCCAUAAAUAAUACUAAAUCAUUUGAAGAUAUUCACCAUUAUAGAGAACAAAUAAAAAGAGUUAAAGACUCUGAAGAUGUACCUAUGGUCCUAGUAGGAAAUAAGUGUGAUUUGCCUUCUAGAACAGUAGACACAAAACAGGCUCAGGACUUAGCAAGGAGUUAUGGAAUUCCUUUUAUUGAAACAUCAGCAAAGACAAGACAGAGAGUGGAGGAUGCUUUUUAUACAUUGGUGAGAGAGAUCCGACAAUACAGAUUGAAAAAAAUCAGCAAAGAAGAAGAGACUCCUGGCUGUGUGAGAAUUAAAAAAUGCAUUGUAAUGGGUGUUGAUGAUGCCUUCUAUACGUUAGUUCGAGAAAUUCGAAAACAUAAAGAAAAGAUGAGCAAAGAUGGUAAAAAGAAGAAAAAGAAGUCAAAGACAAAGUGUAUAAUUAUGUAAAUACAAUUUGUACUUUUUUCUUAAGGCAUACUUAAGUAAAAGUGGUAAUUUUUGUACAUUACACUAAAUUAUUAGCAUUUGUUUUAGCAUUACCUAAUUUUCUUUCUGCUCCAUGCAAACUGUUAGCUUUCAUCUUGAAUGCUUAUUUUAAAAUGACAGUGGAAACUUUUUUUCCUCUAAGUGCCAGUAUUCCCUGAGUUUUGGUUUUUGAACUAGCAACACCUGUGAAAAAGAAACUGAAUACCUGAGAUUUCUGUCUUGGGGUUUUUGGUGCAUGCAGCCGAUUACUUCCUAUUUUUCUUACCAAUUGUGAACUUCAGCGUGAAAUGAAUUAAUGAAGCUUUCAAAUCAUCUCUAUUCUGCGUUUUAUCUAGUUACAUAAAUGGAUUAAUUACUAAUUAUAACUUCAAUUGAGACUUUGUGAUUGGUUUUACUGAAACACUGAGGAAACAAACUUAUGGGCUUCCUGUAGAUUUCAUCCAGGCAUCAUGUCCUAUAGUUUCAGAUUAACCUUAAUGAAUGUAAAGUUACACUGUUCACAAAGAUUCCCCCCCGCCCCACUGCUAUUUGUCAUUGUCACUUCCCAAAAUAUUAUAUUUUUUCUAUAAAAAGGGAAAAAAAUGGAAAAAAAAUACAAGGAAAUGGAAAAUAUUAAAAGGCUGUUUACUUUCCACCUUAGAUAAAUUCCUAUAAGACUCCUUAUAGCUUUUCCUAUUAAGGCAAACCCAGUAUGUCAUGGGGAUUGUAGCAACCGUCUUUGGGGCUCUAUUUACCUUAUUUUUUAUGCAUAUAACAUGUGCCUUCUAUAUUCGUUUGCCAACCAUUCCCUCCCCCUGCAAGGUAUUUUCAGAAGUGCUGCUAUGCCCAUUUUUUUUUAUAUGUUGCUGUAAAAAAAUUAGCAUAGUGUGCUUACAAAAAUACCUCACACGGGGAGGGAGUGGUUGGCAAACAGACGUAGAAGGUGCACAUUAUUUGCAUAAAAAUAUGAUACAUGCUACUAAAUUUUUGUAACAAUUGAAAAAAAUUUUAACAUAUAUAAAAAAAUACUCACAGGAAUUAGUCUUCCUGUGUCAGGUUGCUCUUUCUUAAAAAAAAAAUACUCACAGGAAUUAGUCUUCCUGUGUCAGGUUGCUCUUUCUUAGGUAAUGUUAAAUCUUUUCUUGACCUUCAGUCUUUGAACAUAGUUUUCAUUCUGGUAGCAAUGUUAAAGAUCAUUUGGGCCAGUUAGCUUAGUAGGUGUUUAAGAGGCCAAGAUUGCAAGUUCAGACCCCAUGUUGACCUUUGUGCUUCGUUGGGUGUUUCCCAGCCAUGGACUGAAUCCCUAUGGUCAUUCAGUGUUGUUAUGCAUGGUUUGGUUGGAAAUGAGGACUGGGAGAGUAUUUGGAUAGCUCAGCAAGAUGAAUUCUCACUAUGUGGUGGUCCUGCAGACACACUGGAGUGUCACUUCUGUUUAACAACAGAACUUUUUUGUUUUAAAUUAUUUUAAAUGUUACAAAGAGUUGAGAUUGGGGGAGGGCCAAGACUCUACUUUAAAAAAAUGAUAGUUUCAAAAUCCAUAGUUUUAGCUAGCUUUUCUUAACACUGGCUAAAGUAACAUUUCAUAAACACUUCUUAAGUCUUGUCCAUAUUUAAGAAUAUGUAAUGCUUAAAAAAUGGAUAAAUAUUAACAAAUGAUUCUUUCAGUACAUUUAAAGUGUUAAUUUAAAUUAUUGGAAGUGAGAUGGUGUGGUAAGGUGAAAAUAUCACUGAACUAGGAGAAAAGAGACUAAGAUUGUAGUUAUGUGUCUUUUAGAACUCUGCCUUUGGUAAAUCACUUUCCAUUUCUUCUUCAAAGAAGUCAUCUCAAAGGCUCUGUCCAGCUUUACAGUUUUGUGAUUUACAUUCACUUAACUUAAGGCACUCCUUACAUGUCACGCUCGGCACAACUUGUAACUUUUUAUCUGUGUUAUCUUCAGUGCUAUCCUUUAGGCAAAAUUGUGCAAGAGGUGAAGUUUAUUUUUGAAUAUCCAUUCUCCAUUUUCAGGAGUCAUAUUAGUGUCAUCUUACCUGCCCACCCCUCCAGAUGCCCCAAUGAGUUGAUGCUGUUUUUUUGUUUUUUAAAUCGAAUUAGCCUAGCCUUCCCUAACUUCCCCUGACUUCAAAAUGUAUUGCUGCUAUGGAAAUUCCCAUGAAAUCACAUCAAGUUGUCCUCCAUCUUAUUUCCUUGGUGCUCAAGAUAAUCUGACAGAUAACAUAAUGGGACUUGACCUAAUAGCUAAUUUUCAGGUGGUGGCUGCAGCAGUUUAAUCUUGAUCCUUUGAACAUUGUCUCUUUGCUGCCUGGUCCAUUAGUGGCAAAGUAGGAAUUUUCAAACUUGUUAUAAGUAGACAGAACCCUAUACAGUGGGAGGAGGAUUUUAUAAAGGAAGUGCUGAAAGAAUUUGUUAAAUAAGACUAGCCCUGAUAACAGAGAUAUAUUCCAUUGUUUUAGUAAUUAAAAUGUUACAAGGAAAAAUACUUUGAAAUUUAAUUUAUAAAACUUAUUUUUUAGCAGAGUUCAUUUACACACUCAUCAAAUGCCUGCUAGAUGAUAGGCACUAUGCCGAGCACUGGGGAUAUUAUGGUAUCCUCAGACAAUAAUCCUUGUCCGUAAGUAGUGUUUAUAUUCUAGAGUGUUCUUUGAUAUCUUAGUGAGGCAUUUGGCACAUGGCCCAGAGAUAACACAAUGCAUACUUUAAGUUUUGCAAAGAAGAUGUUUGGUCUCUAAGGUUUCUGCUAGUUCGACAAUAAUUGUUUUGCUAUGAUUCAGGUGCAGCUGUUUAAUCAGGCCACUUUAUACAAAUCACUUUAAAUCACUGUUUUAAAGGAGUAAAUUUGACUUUUUUUAUUUGACAUAGCUGUGAGUAUUAUGACAAUUAUAGUACAUUUUAAGUUGUAUAUCAGAUAUUAAAAUUCCCAAGUGUGUAAUAUUCCAGUUGGUCUCUUUGUAUAAAUAAUUAAAAUAGACUUAAAAAAAAUUAAAUAUUGAGUUCUAAAAUAAUUUUGUUUAUCUGGAAAUAAACAGGUGCCUGAACUAAUUCAUAGAAAAGGAAACUUAUAUUCUGCGUGUAAAAAUCAAUAUGAUUUCUGAAAUGCUAUGCUAAAGUACAGAUUUAUGGAGCAUUGUUUAGGUAGGGUGUUAAGACUUAUGCAGUACCUCCUCUUGUUCUAGACAAGAGAAAAAUGGCCAUACUUCAAGAGUUACAGUGCAUAACUGGGGAUUUCUAGGACUCUUGAAUUUUUUAUGUAGCUGGGCAAUUUUUUUUUUUUUUUAAGGCAGUGGUAAUUAUCCAUUAUUAUGUGGAUUUUGAAUAGUUUGACAAUAAAUUGUUUUUGUAGAGAUUUUAAAAGGGGAGACGAUCCUAGAAAUAAGAUGUUAUCUAAUUGUUACAGCCUUAAAGAUAAAAAUCCUUUUUGAAGUUAAAAAAAUUGCUCAAAUACAUAGUCUUAGACAUUAACAUGUUUGUGGAAGAAUGUAGCAGAAGUAUGUAGUAUAAUUUGAGUGAAUAUUCCCAAUUAGGAAUGCUAGGUUCUAUUUAACUGAGUCACACUGCAUAGGAAUUUAGGACCUAACUUUUAUAAGUUAUCAGAAACCUUUGCCACCAUUGCACAAUUUUGUCCUAAUAUACAGAGAAACUUUGUGAGGCAUGUUAAGUUGCAGUUUGCACAAGUUCAUCUCAUUUGUGUACCAGUGAUUUUUUUUUUCUUCUAACCGUUUUUUCUCAACAUAUACACGUUUAAUUAUGGGGGGACAAUAAAAAUUAUCUGGAGUCAUUUCCAUUUGUCAAAAAGUAAUAAUAUUGAUAAUUAUGUAUUAAUGAUUUAAAAAACCCAGCAGUUACUUUAAAGCCGAAUUUAUAUUUAAUAAUUUCUGUGUUAAUAUUGGGUAGCAUGAAUUCUGCCUUGAGAAACUGAGUAGCAUACAACUGGUAGCUGUAAAUUUAGUCAGAAUAUGAAAAUUGCUUCUUUCUAAAGAUAAGUUCACAUCAGUUCUUACAGAAUAGUCAUAACUAGUUUAAGAUUUGUGUUUUAGCCUAAUAGUUUUAAGUGCCUGUUUGGGAUAAUAGGCAACUUAGAUGAGUUUAAUAAAAAGAAAGUUAUUACCUGCAGAAAUGUCCAUUACAGAGGGUUUCCUCCCAUUGAGCUAAGUGGGAGACAUGUUUUACCUAGAAGUUUCCAGAUCCACUGUCUUGGUGUUUUCAUGUUGAAAAUACUUUUGCUUUUUUCCUUUGAGUGCCAAUUUCUUACUAGUACUAUUUCUUAAUGUAACAUGUUUACCUGGAAUGUAUUUUAACUAUUUUUGUAUAGUGUAAACUGAAACAUGCACAUUUUGUACAUUGUGCUUUUUUUUUUUUUUUUGUGGGACAUAUGCAGUGUGAUCCAGUUGUUCUCCAUCAUUUGGUUGCGCUGACCUAGGAAUGUUGGUCAUAUCAAACAUUAAAUUUAAAAAUGACCACUCUUUUAAUUAACUUUGAAAUGUUUAUAGGAGUAUGUGCUGUGGAGUGAUCUGAAAUUUGUAAUAUUUUUGUCAUGAACUGUACUGCUCCUAAUUAUUGUAAUGUAAUAAAACUAGUUAUGGUGACUCUGA